GCCCGCGGGCUGGUGCGGGGCGCCGACCGCAUGUCCCCGUUCACCAGCAAGCGCGGCCCCCGGAGCUACAACAAGGGCCGGGGGGCCAAGAAGCUGGGGGUGCUCACCUCCAACAAGAAGUUCAUCCUCAUCAAGGAGAUGGUGCCCCAGUUCGUCGUGCCCGACCUGGAGGGCUUCAAGCUCAAGCCCUACGUCUCGUACCGCGCCCCCGAGGGCUCCGAGCCGCCUAUGACGGCCAAGCAGCUCUUCACCGAGGUGGUGGCUCCUCGCAUCGAGAAGGACGUGAAGGCAGGCGCCUUCGACCCCAGCAACCUGGAGAAGUACGGCUUCGAGCCGACGCAGGGGGGCAAGCCCUUCCAGCCCCUCCCCACAAACGCCACGCAAAGUGGUCCCCGGCGCGCUGGGAAGAGCAUCGCCAGGGCGAGACGCAACCUGCGCCAGCAAACACGGGACAGUUUCUGUCACUGGCUAUUAAAAACAAAUCCUUCCACUUUGUGUUUCUGCGAUGUCUGA